GUUACCUAUAAAUGUAUGUAUGUAACAUUAUAAAUCCUUUUAUCUGUUAAUCACGACCACGUGACCACGUGACUAAGCUAUGGGUUUUUUGGGGUUUCUCGUGCACGCGCUCCAUCCUGAGAGAGUGGGGUCGGGAGCGCGCGUCAGAGCUCAACAGCUGCACAGUGAGCAGUGUGGAGGAGGAGGAGGAGGACUCUACAAGUAGAGCAAAUAUGAUUCACAUUCAAACAAUUGAAUAGGUGAGCUCUCCGACACCAGUUGAACGCGUGUACUCUCUCUGUGUGAGUGAAAUGAAGAAGAAGAAGCAACUCACAUCAAACUACCUCUUCGCUCAGCCGUAGUAUCAGUGUCACUAUCAUUAAUCCGGAAACUCUCAGCCUUUCUGGUUCCUAAUCUGGACAGUGUGUACAGCGUUGUUCCGCUUUCAGAGGACAAUGCCGACUCACUCGUUGUCACCGUUUGUGGAGAGCCCAGAUGGACUUGCCCAAGAUAUCCUUAUUGGCAACAAUGCAAGUGUCCCAGGACCCGGCUCUAGCAUGACACCACACGCCACCUACACGGAAAAGGCUGUGUUGCAAUCUGGAGGAAGUGGGCUGCUGUCUUGCAUGUUCUGUGAUCAGACUUUUAUUCAUCAGGAUGAGCUAGGACCCCACGUAUUAACACAGCACCCCACCACUUUCUUUGAACCGGCCGUGCUUCGUGUCGAAGCAGAAUUCAGGAUCCCAGGAGAGAGACCCCGGCCCAAACAGAGCAGCGUCCCUAUUGCAAAAGAGGAGGUUCCCAGCUGCAUUGUGUGUGGUCAGGUGUCGCAAGAUGCCAGUGAGCUGGAGGCCCACAUGAGGAAGCACAAGGACUACUUCACUUUCUGCUGUAACGUCUGCGGACGGCGGUUCAGAGAGCCGUGGUUCCUCAAGAACCACAUGAAGAAGCACGCAAAAACAGGAGCUAAGAGCAGGGCCCAGCAAGAACUGGAGGUCACGGUCAACGGCGUUGUCCAAGACCCUGCUUCAGAGCCCGUCGUUACUGUUUACAAAAUGUGCAUGGUUUGUGGGUUUUUCUUCCCCGACCAUGACAGUUUGGCCGAACAUAGUAAAGUACAUAAUCGCGAGGUGGAGCCAAGCAAACAUAAAGACGAGGAGAAAAUGGACAUCAACACUGAAUCCCACGCCAAGCAGGAAACAUUUCUUCAUGGUCUAAACCUUGUGCCUCGCUCUUCAGUAAGUAGUUUGCAACAGGAGAGAUCAUCAAAAUGGAUUCCCCAGCUGGAUCCCUUCAACACAUAUCAGUCUUGGCAACUCGCUACAAAGGGCAAGAUAGCAGUCGGUCUGAAUAAUAUUAAAGAUAUUGGCCAGGAAGCCAGCACAGACAAUUCGGAAUGCGGCUCUGAUAAGGAGGAGUUGAGUAAUAUUUGGUUUGAGGGACAAGGAGACAAGGCUACGAAAGAGGUCCUUGUGAAGGAGCCCCGGCCUCAGCAGCAGCAGGCUGUAGUACAGAACGCAGCGCCGCGGCGGAGGUCUCUGAUGCAAAAAAAUAAGGACAAAGAGAGGCCGACUACUUGUGAGGACUGUCAGAGGACCUUCAGGACCUACCACCAGUUAGUGCUCCACUCCAGGGUCCACAAGCGUGAGAGAGGUGGCGAAGAGAGUCCAACUUCCUCUGUCGAAGGGAAGUUGUCAACAGCAGGUUCGCUUGAGAAUGCAGAGGAAGGCUGUGAGGAGGGAUUGGAGGAGGCAGCACUGACAGAAAACCUGGGUCUAGGUGAAGAUGGUUUGGAUCGAUCAAAAACCAGAUCGAAAGCAUGCACCUACUGUGGCAAAUCAUUCCGAUCAAGCUAUUACCUCACAGUUCAUCUGAGGACUCACACAGGUGAAAAGCCGUUCAAGUGUGUUUACUGCGACUACGCUGCGGCCCAGAAGACUUCACUGAAGUAUCACCUGGAACGGCGUCACAAGGACAAACCCUUCGUGGACAUUCCCAGCAGACCCGUGCCUUUAGUGCCCUCUCCUAACGAUGGAAAACUCGGAAAUGACAAUGAAACCCCUGCUCCGAACAGAUCCAAAAUCUGGGCUCCUGGAGCCAGAUCGUGCACCAACGGAACACCAGAGGACAGAUUUGACAGCAGAGCUAGUACCGGCAAACCACUCAUCCAGAUGAAUGCUGAGUAUGAGAAAUUAAUUGCUAGGUCCGCUUACUCCCCGACUGAUGAUGUGGUCGUAAAGUGCCCCGUACCUGUUAACCUGAAGAUGGAAAGGGAGGAGAUAAAAGACGAGAACUCCGAGGGCCCAUUAAAUCUGUCCUUAAAAGUGUCUCUCUCCAUCUCCGCCAGUGCAGAACCCAGAAACGCAUUAAUUUCAAUCGCCUGUUCGUUUUGUGCAUAUAAAACCAUGUACCCAGAGGUUCUGAUAAUGCACAAAAAGCUCACUCAUAAAGACAAGUCGGACAGCACAAAAAAGAACGGAUUCGGCAGUUUGAAAGAAAAACGUUUCACGGGUUGCCCCCCUGCGCUCGACGGGAAAGACGUCCCCCCGCUUCCUAUGAUUGACCGGCGCCACCCUCGUCGAACCAAGUCCCCACCCCCCCAACCUGCAAAAUCACAAGAGAAGACCGCUAUUAAACCACCUCCUGCUCCGAAGUGGUCUCCUAUCUAUGCACCCGUACACGAUGCUGCCCAGGAGACCCAGCGCUACACACAUAACCCUGACACACAUCCCAGUCAGGAACCUUCCAGGUACACGGAGCUCAUGAGGAGGAAACCCAACAUGGGCAGCAAGUACGCCGUGGACCGCCCAGGCCCUCUGGACAGAGUGGGGAUCGGCGAGAGGAGUUACCCAGCUAGAAGCGGUGUCAUUUGGCACUCGGACGCCGCCAGGCUGUGCCUGUCCAGCCGAUUCGGGAGCCUCCCCCAGAUGGAUUUUGGCGAACCUUCCAGCAAGAGAUUAAAGUACACGUUUCCCACAGGCAGGGAGGCUGACGGCGGCGAGAAGUCUGGCUUUAGAGGACCAGCAGGGAAUGUGUCCAACAGACUGCUCAUCUCAGGGAGAAACGUGAAAGGCGCGUCACAAAUGUCGGGUCAACCCGCAGUUUCUGAAGCCUUGGGUUCUUUGAAGGCUACGUCUACAGCUAUGGGAGGAGGCUUGGACUCCGAGUGGAGCAUGAUGAACCUCCUGCGCUCAUGCACACCCAGCGACCUGGCGUCUCUCUAUCACAGCGCACCAGCCAACCCCAGUCAUGGAGGACUAGCCAACCCGAGAGCAGGGGGCAGAACUGUGCUGUACCAACACUUGCCCACUCUGCCCAGCCUUCAGAGGAGAGACCUCUCAGGCCCUUUCCCUAAUCAACGCUAUGGGACCACUGACAAAAGUACCUAAAGUGGCACCAAGGUAAAAGGUUGAAACACAUUGUUUUGAAUUACAUACAAUACCUUUUUUUUUUCCUAAUUUUCAAACCCUGACCAGAAUCUGUCACCUGGUACUUGAUAUAAAUGAAUCAAGUCAAAUUUGAAAAUAUAAAAAAAAAGUUUUUCUUCUCUCUAGAUUUGAACUGUAUUGCUCCCUUAUUUUGGAGAACUUGUCAGAGAAUUUGUUCAGUAUACUGAUUUAAAGAGAGAUGGUUUGUGCUAAAAAAAAGUGUCUAGGCUCCCCUUAAUUUAAUGUUUUUUCAAUAGAGGGGAAAUUGUGUUGCGUAGACUUUUCACGGCUGAGGCCUUUAUUUUCUUUUUUUGAAUGAAUGUUAUUCCACCGGUGUGCACUGUGAUGAUUUGUUUCCAUUCAAAACUGUUACUUGACCCACAGUAAAUGUUCAGCUAUCUGUAAGUGUCUAUGACAUAACAGUAAACUUUGUAUGUGGGGUAACGUAAAUAUAUCUGUAAGCUUUCAGUACAUACAAAUAUAUAGAAAGAAAGAAAUGUAAUUUGUGUGAAAAAUUGCUGCUCUGUUCACUUCCUGUUUAUGUCCAGGCAGUCAUUAAGAACUAUUCUAUUAUUAUUUUUUUCCCUUUCCAAGGCACUGAAGGGUUGGGAUUUUUCUGUUUAAUAACUUGACGGCUUCGGCCCAGUGGUUUACAAAAGGGCCACAGUAACAAGUCCUGUGUACGUUCAAGUGGUCUACCUCACGUUGUGCUCUCGACGCUGUUAUUUUUGUAAAGCUGCUGUAGCCAUCAUGUCAGCUGAGCCUCGGUACCUAGUUGUCUGUCGACGAGAUGUUUUGAGUUGUAGUAUAACUACAACUGGCGUCACAUGAAACACAAACUGAUCUGUUGAUACAGAACUACUGCUAAGGCCUUAUCGACCUGUGGCGCACGAUUAACUGUAACACAAUGUGGGUUGCAGAGUUCUUUGAUAUACUUUGUAUUUACAAGCCCAGUUUUAAACACAGAAGAGAUUUUGUGGUUUAAUUUGUCCUUUUGAAAUGGCUGUCGUCUGCUUUAGCGGUGCCUCAAAUCCAUAAGCUGUACCAAAUUCCAUGAGUUCUGUUUGUGUAUUAGACGGUCACGCUGUAUAUUAUUUGGACUGCACAUUCAGUCACUUUCCAGGAGUUUUGCUUUUUACCAUGCAGAGUCUUGAAAGUGUUAUUUAGUUUCAGUGGUCAGUCCCGGCGGGUCAUCAAGUGGUCUUUUUAGAUGCGACUGUGUAGUUUGGAGAGAAAAAAAUACAGAAGCAGCUAUGUUGAUUAAUGGCUUGAUUAAUUACACACUGUGAACAAAAAGUCUCAGGUUAACUCAUUUACGAGCUAUUUAGUCUUUCGUGUAAUUUUGUAUUUUUGCCACUUUAAAAGGCCUUUGGGUUAAGUUAUUUCUUUUUUUUUUUUUGUUUUCUUUGGUAUUCACAUUACAUGUGUACUUAUGUAAAAAAAAUGAAAAUAUUGUUUGAGAUUUGUAUGACACAUUUCAAGAAUAAAGUGAGGCGAAAAAGC